ACCAGAAGACGAAAAAGCAUAUUGUGACGUCACGGCCGUCCGUCUGAACCAACAUGGCGAACAUUCGAUGCGUCAAGGGUAUGGUUGGCCUGGUGACGGGUGGUGCGUCUGGUUUGGGCCGGGCCACUGUCGAGCGUCUUGUCAAGAGUGGGGCGUCUGCCGUCAUCCUGGACCUGCCCUCCUCUGAUGGACAAGCUCUGGCAACCAGUCUGGGAGAACAGUGUGCUUUCGCUCCUGCAGAUGUCACAUCAGAGGCAGACGUGCAGAACGCAGUGUCUCUGGCCAGAGAGAAGUUUGGGAAGCUGGACCUUGCAGUCAACUGUGCCGGCAUCGCUGUGGCUGUCAAAACCUACAACUUUAAAAAGGGCACUGCUCACAGCCUGGAGGACUUCCAACGUGUAAUCAAUGUGAAUAUCGCAGGAACAUUUAAUGUGAUUCGCCUUGCGGUGGGUGAGAUGGGGAAGAACGAGCCUGACGCAGACGGACACAGAGGCUGCAUCAUUAACACUGCAAGUGUGGCAGCCUUUGAUGGACAGGUUGGUCAAGCAGCAUACUCGGCCUCUAAAGGUGGCAUAGUUGGAAUGACUCUCCCCAUUGCACGAGACCUGGCACCCAUGGGCAUCAGAGUCAUCACCAUUGCACCUGGUCUGUUUUCCACUCCUCUCCUGGCUGGUCUUCCUGAGAAGGUGCAAUCCUUUCUUGCCCGCCAGGUGCCCUUUCCCUCGCGCCUGGGAGACCCUGCUGAGUUUGCUCACCUGGUGACAUCGCUGGCUGAGAACCCCAUGAUUAAUGGCGAGGUCAUUAGACUGGAUGGAGCCAUUCGCAUGCAGCCUUGAGACAGAUGUGUGUAUGUCUAUGUCUGUUGAAUGUAUUUAUGUUGUUGAAGGCUGCAAUACAAACAAUACAUCCAUCCAUUCAUUUUCUACCACUUUAUCCUCUCACAGGAGGGUCACAGGGGUUGCUGUGCCAGUCUCAGCUGACAUAGGGCGAUAGGCGGGGUCACACCCUGGACAGUUGGCCAGUCCAUUUGGGCCACAUACAUACUAACUUACUGAUGACUAAUCAUGUUUCAGAGCAUUGCAGUACUUCAUGAACUACAAUUAGUUUUGUAAACUAAUCCAUGUUAUAAUAAACCUAUGGUUGGUUUGAAUAUCCACACUCUUUCCUUGAAAAAUCCUGUGUGAGGGUAGUUUUUUCUAAUAAAGUUUGCACAGCGUCUUUAAAAUCACCAGUACAAGGAUUUAGAGUUAGAAUUAGUUAGAGUACAAAAUAAAUGUGAUUUUUUUAGAAACAUCCAGGUUAUAUGGGAGCAUGUUACCAGAAAGAAGAGGUGUGAGAAGCAACUAAAGAUAUACAGUAGUCAGGCACUCUUUUCCACUGACAUGGUGGCUUUGUCCCAAAUUUGAAUACUUAAUGAAGAAAAACUACUGAUCACUUGAUCUUACUGAAAUAUAAAUGGUUCCUAAAUAUUAAUAUUUAGUGAUAAAUCAUGUAGGCAUUAGAAAAACUGUAAAGCAGUUGCUGAUUGGCCGAAGCGGAGACCUGUGUAUCUGCGCUCGAUUGCUUUUCCUUUACUAGUACCCGCAUGUCUGUCACAGCAAAUUGAAAUUUCAUUUUGGGAACUGAAUUUGAAAAUAUAUAGAUUUUUUUUCCAACGCAAUGAUUCAAAUUAAGUAAUACAUAUUCAAAUUAUGUUAUUCAAAAUCAGUUUCUGGUGGCACAUUUCAGCCCAUAGUUAAGUCUCAUUUGUUCCUUUUGUUUGGUUUUGUUAUGUGACAUUGACGCUGCUCUUUUGUGGUGAGUUCAAGUGCUUGCAUGUAAUGUAAUGUAAAAACAAUGUUUAAAAGAAUGUCUUGAAACAGAAGGACACAGAUAUGUGGAA